AUGGUUUCUCUCAAAUCAAUCAUAGUUCUCUCUGUGUCCGUAGCCAGUGUUCUUGCUGCUAAUGUAGCCAAUAUUGCUAGCUGCCCUGCCUUGAAGCCUCGUGCUACUCCUGCAAAGGACGUUACUGAUCUCAGGAUCGAUGAUUUCAAGAUUGUGGGUGCUUUAGGUGAUAGUAUUAUGGCAGGUUUUGCUAUGAUGGGCAUCGAUUAUGAGGGUGCUGGUAUUCUGAACCUCAGUCUUGUUUCGGAAUACCGAGGCAACAGUUAUGCAAUUGGCGGCGACACUGGUGCCGUUACCCUUUCCAACUUUAUCAAAAAUUACCAACCAAAUGUGAAGGGUGCUUCCAUCUUGUCUCAUGUUGUUUCCUAUUGUAGCGGUGAUACUUGCGGUUUUCCAGAGACUCUCUAUCGACCCCUGAGGGAUAAUUUGAACGCUGGUCAAAGUGGUGCUGUUGCCAUGAAUCUUGAUUACGAACUGGAUUAUCUCAUUCCUCGCAUGAAAUCUUAUAUUCUUUCAACUAGUUACAAGAAUGAUUGGAAACUCAUUACAAUUCAGAUUGGUAGUAACGAUCAGUGUGCUUCAUGUGACAGCAGCAUCAAGGAUCAUGUCACCGCUACUGCCUACGGUCAAUACGUUGAAGCUGCUAUCAAGAGAAUCCAAGCUGAAAUCCCCAAGACUGUUGUCAACUUGCUUGGCACAUUUAAAGUAUCUGGUGUAUUUCCCUUGUCUGCUGGCCAGGCAUACUGUGUACCCAAUGGCAUCUUGGAGAAUAAAAAAGAAUGCUCCUGUUCUAGCUCUGCUGAAAAUUUGACAAAGAUGGAUGCCUUAUCCGAUGGUAAGCCUGUGGACAUGAACUUUAUCCGUUGA